AUGGAAGCCAUCAGACGAAAAUUGGAUGAGGCAGAUGACAUCGCCAAGGUUAUCGAUUUAAUGCAGAAUUUGAGCAUUCCAACUAAAGGAUGCAAAAACAUCGAAGACAUGAAGGAAAGGAUUCUCGCUCAUCUAAGCUCUCGAAAAGAUAACCGCUUGGCCUGCAAUGAGGUAGGACUGCCGGGGAAAUGUUUCAAUCUCAGUAAAUGAACGUGGAUUUACUGCUUUAUGGGGUUCUUCGUGAUAAUUUAGACGUCAUUUUCUAGCUAAAGCGUCGUUGUAAGCUCAUUGCAAUCGAUGGAAAAUGUCUGGUAAGCUAGCAGUCAUAUUUAUUGUCUUUCUACUUUACAUUUGCUCCUUAUCUUACUAUUGCAUUAGGUUCUUUUGCACAGCCUGGCUGGUUGCAUGUAAUGGACUGGGGAAACAUUGUUUCUUUAACAAACUUUUACUUGGCAGCAAGUAUCCCUCGACUCGAAAGCGAGUCGAUGAAUGUUCACAUUAAACUUAUUAUCAUCAUACCGCUGUAGCUCAUAAACGUGGCAUCGUAAAACGAAUGGCUCAGAAUCUACAGGGCGACUGCCAAGGAAAUAAUUCAAUAUCAGUAAAUUAAAGUGGAUUUACUGCUUUUAGGGGUUCUUCGUAAUGAUUUAGACAUUUCCGGCAUCAUUUUAUUUAUCAUCGCAGUCGAUGGAAAAUGUCUGGGUAAGCUAGCAGUUAUAUCUAUUGUCUUUCCACUUUACAUUUGUUCCUUAUCUUACCAUUGCAUUAGGUUCUUUUGCACAGCCUGGCUGGUUGCAUGUAAUGUACUGGAGAAACAUUGCUGUUUCAACAAACUUAUUUGGCAGCAAGUAUUUUUUAAUACUAUUCCUUUCCUCUGCGCAUUUCGAAAGCGAGUCGAUGAAUGUUUGCACUAAACUUAUUAUCAUCACGUCGCUGUAGCUCAUAAACGUGGCAUCUUAAGACGAAUGGCUCUGAAUCGCUCUCAUAUAUCAUGUAUAGUUACUUUCUAAAACGUCUUGCAGUAACAGAUGUUUACUUUUCUUACGCGAUUAAAAUUACUGCAAAGAUUUCAAAGAAACAUAGAAACGCAACUCGAUCCUUAAAUUCAGUUCUAUAAUUUCAUGUCUGUUCGGUUACCGAUAAGUGCAUCAAUCGACCCAACAUUAUGAAAAUUCACCGUUAGGCUCAGCUCUAUAUUUUGUUCCGAUCAGUGAAUUCACAACAGCAGGUAGACAGUCUGGCCUAGAGCAGAAAAUACAGUAAUUUCCUCGGUCGUUUCAACUUCAAAGUUCAUUUGUAAUUCAUCUGACUCACGGUGUCUGCCAUUUUUUUCAUGCAAGAUUAGUUGAAAAUUAAGCUAUAUAUAUCCAGAAAAAGAAAAAUGGGCGGCUUUGAUGAAAUGUAAUGACAUUCGGCGGAACUUAGCUGUAGGUGGCAGCGACUGAAAAUAGAAAUAAGCUAAAAUAAUUUCCUCCUGGUACGAACAAACUCUUUUGUUGCGGUGAAUGUAAGGUCUGACAAUAGUAAUUUAUGCAUUAAUUUUAGCUCUCGAACUGUCAAUCUUAUUCAAAACAGGCGAUUUCUUGUAAAUGAAUAUCCAAGUAUCUCGUUCUAAAUUAUACGUGCAUAGUUAGUGUAUGUGGUGAACUGUACUCAGUAUUUAUGCGAAGGUCGGCGCUGCUGCAUUUGGUCGGGAAAAAGGUUCCUGUUUUCCCUGGGGCGUUUUUGGGUUUUUCGUAACAGGCGGGUGCUCGUUUGCCUUCUCCAAGUGCUGUAAACUAUGCUUGCUUGGAUCGCCCUUGUUAUACACAUCUACUUACUUGAGCUUGUAUUUGUGCACUGACACGGACGACAGUAUACACUCAGUUCGACAUACACACCAAUAUAUUUGCCGUUUUUCAGUUUUGAAUUGGAAUCAAAGUGCUCUGUGAGCAAACUCGUGAAUGGACAGAUGACUUACUUGAUUUUUUGGAUUAAGUUUAAUGUUAUCUGGUUUAGGGAAUUUUGUAGUUGAUUGUCAUAUUUAUAGUACGAGCAGUAGUUCAGUGUUCGCUAUUGUAGCAAAGAAACAAAAUAACGUUGGGAUAAGAAGGCAUUACAAUUGAAAUGAUCAUGCUAUUGCAUUUGACAAGGGUGGAUAAUGUCAUGUGUUUUAAAACUAUAUCAUUUUUGUUUCUAGUUCAAAAGAAAAGGUUGGAAGUAAAUGUGGGUGAAAAGUAAAAUUUACUGUCUAUUAUUGUAAAUAUUGGAAAAUCAAGACAAUACUGUCUUAAUGAAAACAUUAUUGAUGCCCUCUUAAGCAAAUGUGAUAAACGGGAACGAGUUUUGAGUGAUAUAACCAAGCUCAGACUGCCACCGUCAUUUUGGAUUUCCGCCUGGGUAGAUUUUGGUCAAGUGCUAGCAACGUAUAAUCAAGAACAAGAUAGAAUUUUAUUUCAGGCCAAUUUAUCAAUUUUGUGGUGUAUAACUUUCGUAUUUUAGUUUGUAAUAUUUAUUUUGAAUCUUCAAAUUGUCUUGAAACUUAAAAGAAGAUUAUUCUUUAUAAAUUCAUUGAAAAUCGGUAGCCAAAAUUAUUUGUUUAGGUGUUAUUUGAUUUUCGUGUUAACCUGUAAUUUCGUCAGUCGCCGGCACCUUUUGUUGCUUCACACAGAAAAAACACACGAUACGAAAUGUAAUGAUCGAUUUUGUCCCAAUCUCACGCCAUAACAGAAAAAGUUUUUGAACACCUGUAAACUCCGAGCGCUUCGGAGUAAGUGAUUUUUUUAAUGAAUCUUCGGAUUGUUUUCAAGUCUACAUGUACCCAUUUGCUUAUUUAACCCAUUUAAUAUUAAUUUACGCAUGUUUCAGGCCUUUAAGGUGAUUUCAGAGGCACAAUCAAUGGAUAAGGAAAAGUCAUUAGCCCUUCUUGAUUAUUACGCUAAGGUGGAGAGGGAAAUACAGGGCCUUGACGCUACAGUCCUUGAUUUGUUGAAAACAAGCGAAGGCGACGUCUUUUCUAAGAUUAAGACAAGAAUAAAAAGAAUGCAAGACAGAGAUUAUGUUCUUCUCGUCGCAGGUGAAUAUCUUGAAUAUAAUACCUUACCCAAACCACUGAGGUGCUUUGAUAAGUCAUGAUCAUGCUAAGCACAAAGAAAGCCGGUCUAACAGUGACAGAGAGGAGUAUCAAAAAUCUACUUGGCUAGGAAGUUUCCCAAUUAAUUCAUGAAUAACCGUCAACUGGGGUCUAUCGAAUUCUUAAGCCGGAGAGCUUAAUUCAUGUAGCGACUUGUGGGGCUUCGACCUUUAAAACAGGAAAUGUUAUAUCGAAUAACUCGAACUCGAGAAUAUGGGCGGAAGACUUUAUGGCCGUUGUAUUUUACUUAUGGUGAAAUUUCAAACUAAUAUUGGUUGUUUAAGAAGGAAUUUGAGAUUGACGAUUUAAGCAAUGAUCAUUUGGCAUUUUAUUUACGCUUAGGCGAGACCAGUGCAGGCAAAAGCAGCAUGUUGAACCUAAUUCUUGGUGAGGAGCUUUUGCCAUUUUCUGUUUUGAGUACAACAUCGACAAUUUGUGAAUUGAAAUAUGGAAGAGAGAAAAGGAUAAAGAUACACUAUAAAGAAGAAGGAAAGGCUCCGCAGAUAAAGCAUCUUAACGAAUCCUCGCCCUACAUAGAUCAAAUAUCAGAAUUUGUUCAUGUCAAGUCUGCAAGUUUAAGAGAAAAGGCAUCGAGCUACAAAAAAGUGGAACUGUUUUGGCCUCACAGAUUAUUACAGGUUAGACACUCCGACGAUCAUGCUUCAAACCGUACUUUUAUAAAUAUGAUGUAAGGUAGCAACUAAAUUUUAGGAUCUUUUUAGGGGAUUAAACGUCGAAUUGUAAGAAUAACCUGGAUAAAAUAAACUUACUUACCCUGUUUCCACACUAGGACGGUGUCGUGAUCGUUGACAGCCCUGGCGUCGGGGAGUCUGACAUUAUGGACGACAUUGUUGUGAGCUACUUACCAAAUGCCUUUGCUUUCAUCUAUGUCAUCAACAGCAGCAAUGCCGGCGGAGUUCAAAGAGAUCGGGUAAGUAAGAAUUGAUACUUUCUGAAAUGACUACUAGCAAAACCCUUUCAACUCCUCACCAGUGCUUGAUCUACUUCUUAAACCCUAACUUUUUUUGGAUAGCUCAAAGAGUCCAAAAAGCUAUCUCAUUUAAGCGCUAUGUUUUAAUUGAAUCUUUUUAUAUAGCUUGUUUCUUCAUUUGUUAGCUUGUUAGACUUCUGCACAAAACGAGGGAACUCACGACUGAACAGCAAAUGGAAUUCUCACCAAACUGCACUUUGUUCGUUUGCAACAAGUGGGACACCAUACCAACCUCAGAGGGAGAUGUGGUCAUAGCGCACAUAAUCAACAAGUUGAGUCAGUGUUUGCCAGAUCUAGACACAAAUACUCAUAUUAUUCGCCUUUCAACCACUAAAGCUCUUGCGGCCCAGAAGUUAGGAGUCAUGAAUUCAGAAUUUGCCUCACUUACAGACAAGAUUGGCUGUUUGGUUUCGAAAAGCAUCGAAACAAGACUUGAACAACAUUGGAGGUAGUGUAGAUCAUUUGUAAAUGUAUGUUAAUCAUAAAGCUAUAAUUUAUUAGGCAAAAAGCACCUCGUUCAGCAGUGGCCUUUCAUCAAGAUUUCUCUCUUUCCAACAAAAAUCGCUGCUAUAGACGAAAGAAAUCGUACAAAUCUACACUUUUUUUCCUGAUUACUUAAACCCUCCUCCCAACCGGCCAGCUGUGUAGCAUGCGGUAAUUCAAGAAAGAAGUUUAAGGUAAAAGAAACCAUAUCCGAGGUGCAGUAAUUGAGGGAUAGAUAGAGACCUUCCCCUCUGAAUUUCCAUAAAACAGAGUGAAAAUGAUAGAAUCUUGCAAUAUUCCUUUGAUGACGUCAUAUCAUCUCAGAAAAGUAUACGAGGAAUAGAUGCAUGGACAGCUACCUGAAAAAAAUCCAGGAGCCUUUCCAAAUUUUCCUCGGAGAAAUCGGGAAAAGAUGUGUACCCGUGGUACAGAAUUAACGAACUGGUAACUGUAUUUGAUUCUUCCUUAAUUUGUACAGCUGGUUAGAUCGUUUGUUGUCUCGAAUAAUCUGGCUGAUGAGUACAUUAAUAAGUCAUAUCUCCACUGACCAUGUGGCUGCAAGAGAUAGAUUAAAUGCUGUGAUAGAGAGGCUGGGGAAACUUCAAGCGGAACAAGAAUCAUCGAAGAAGGAAAUGAGGCAAUGUCUUAAAAGGAGAAUUCGUCAGGCCAUGAGCACCUUAAUCGACCACCUAAAGACUCCCCAAGUGGUAGAGAUGUUUUGUAAAUGGAACUCUGACGAACUUCCAGCUGUCGAGAAUUCAUGGGAAGUUACUGAGGCUGUCCUCGUUAAGCUUCUUCAAGGAAGAUUACAGAUGUUGAUUGAAGAAUGGGAGGAAGAACAGCAAAGGUUUACGGAGGCACGGAAAUCAGUCAUCAAAGAGUUCCUUGAAAAAUACAAUUAUCUGGAGGGAGAGCUUCGCAACGUGGAAGUCAAUAUCAUACAAAAAGAAGUAUAUGUUGAAGAAAAAACGGCAAGCGAAAGUGUAGAGGAUCAAGUUUUCACAAGCUUUGACAAUUUUUCCCUUCCAUUUGAAGAUAAACUUUUUCUUGGAAUAAUGAUUCCUUUCAUGCUUCCAGCUGCUCUUGUUGGAGUUGCGUUGUCUGUUCCAGUAACACUGCUUUGCCUUCCAAUUUUGGGAGCUGAAUCUAUUGCUGACAACAUCAAAGAAGCAAAAAAGAAGAGUGCAUACAAUAAAGAUCGCGCUGAAUACGUACGAAUCAUGUCACAAAAGUUUCUGGCGAAAGCUGCAACCUUCGAGGCGCUAAAGCCAUUGGUCAAAGUGCAAUUGGAGCUAGCUGGAAACACCCUAACUGACCUGCAAGCGAGAAUCCCCAUGCUUGUUGAAGCCGAUGUAAAACUUUGUCAGCAACUUCUAAAGGAGGCACAAAGCAAGAAGGAUACUGAAACUCGCUACAAGCCCUGUAGAGACAAAUGCAAGCGUUUGCGCGGUGAGCUCGCGCUGUUUGGUUCUCUAGAAAUUCGGAGCAUGCGGCUCGCUUGGGAUGACCUCUCUUGGCAUGUCAGCGAGGAUGUCUAUUUGAAGCGACCAAUGGAACCUGGGCUCUACCAAGGGUGCAUUUCUAAGGGAAGGUACUCAUCAAGUGGUCAAGUAACCUUUAAAGUGUACAGGGAACUGCUAACCAGCAGCAAUAUUACUGAGUGUUUGGCAGACGAAGCAAACCUGAGGUACGACUAAACUAAUAUAAACCAAACAAUUUUCUAUCAAACGCUCCACCAACAAAAUAAACUUGUUUGUUUUGGGAUGCAGAACACGCGUUAUGUUAAUAACAUUUUGGUAUUCUUCCCAAAAUACCAAAGUCACUUCAGUAGGUGUGUUGACCUAUUAUUCUUGAAACAUGACAUUCGUAUUGGCAUUCCUCGUUAAAUGUUCACUUCUGCUCGAUUCGUUCUGUCUGUCAUUAACUUUACCGGUUCAGUGCUCUACUAACCGAGCUAACAAGCCAACUGAGAGCUUUUUAUUGAGAUGAUUUGUAAUAAACUGCCACCACAGAGGUCAUGGGUUCAAAUCCCGUACAGGCCUGCUUAAGUAGUGUUUAUUACUGCGAAGAUCGCUUCCGUAGUUAUCUCAUAAACCGCGAUUCACUUAUAUGAUUUUCAUAUAUUCACAAUUUUUCUGAAAAUGUUGAUCCACUUUCACAAGUAAUUUUGUUGUCACUCUUACCAGGUCCAGAGUUGAAAUUUGUUCACAUAUUUCUUGUUUUCGUUGUUCACUCCACAGGAGGCUUUGUCAUCCUCGCAUAGUCACGUUUUACGGUGCUGUUUUCAGAAAGGUUCCAAGAGGUUUAGAAACAGCUUUUGUAACUGAGUGUCCAGGAGUUGACUUAAAGUACUAUCUGAUCGAUCAACCUGGAAAUUGUCCUGCAAAGAAUCCUAUAACUACGAUGGGCGUGAUUCGCUGGGCAGCCCAAGUCGUCGAAGCACUGCUGUCCAUCUAUAGCAUGUUUGACGGAUGUGUUCACGGUGACCUUCGGUUGAAAAACGUUUUGGUAGGGAAAUAUUUCAUUGUUAUAAAACAUUUUGUUUUUAAUUGGUUUUACACUCAAGGAAAAAAAAUAGACUUAGAAACUAUCAGAGCACGGACAAAAAUAUAGCUCUCAAAAGACAUCCAAGGUCUAUAACUCGCAUUAAAAUAAAAGGUUGGAUUAUUUCUCUCUUCCGUGUGCGCAGAGCUUUUCUCGUUCAAGGACUUUCACGUCGCUUUCCAAACUUAGGCUUAAGUACACUUUGAUCUCGACUUAGCCAAGCCAAAUAGCUUGCAAUUAGACCCUUACAAUUUUGAAAAGCUAAAUUGAUCAUAACCGCGAAGUGAUCAACUUCACGUGUACCUUCGCGAGUACCAUCUAUUUCAUAACUUACACUUAUUGCAAAAAGUUAUACAUUAGUGAAACAGGAAGACGACUGGGUGGCCGAUUCCGAGCACACGACGUAGAAGGAAAUGACAAGGACAUAUCCAAACCAGUCGCUAAACACUUGAUCUCCUUAAUCGUCCCAUGUAGCAUAUGGAUGGCAGUUUUCGGGCUUUCUCUACAUCUAAGCAGUUCAGGAAGCCGCAAGGCUCUGGAACAAAACUUUCUCUCUCAAACCGGCACCCUUAAUAGCCACGGUAUCAACGAGCGCUUUUUCAUUCAACCAAUGAAGUUAGCUUUUACGUUAUCAACUGAGUUGCCAGUACCAAACUUCCCUGUUAUACUCUCCCUUUAAUCAUUUAUGGUAUAGUUAUGAAGCAGCGUGUAAAAUAUAUUUCAUAACAUCAAAAAGCAGAUGAAGGUAUAACUGCUUUGUCUAUAAGAAAGUGUGUUUGAACCAAACUCGUGACCCUUGCCUUGUCAGAAAGUGGAAACAUGCUUAGUUUUAUUUUAUUUCUUUUGAUGAGAUCCAAUUAUUCUAUAAAAAUGCUAGUCAACCAAGACAAAACCAUUUUUUAUCGAGUUUCUUUCAAUCAUCAAUUUGAAUUAUUCUUUUGGUAUUAUUUUACAUAGCUUGACGGUCCAAAUCUCCGUGAUAUUAAGUUGAGCAACAUCUGCCUCAGGAGGCGGCUGACCAUCGAGCAUGGAUCAAAGUGUGAUGCAUUUCUUCAUCUUCCGCCAGAAGCUGUGCGAAAUAGAAACUACAAUUCCUCUUCAGAGAUUUACUCCCUCGGGAUCUUGUUCUGGGAAAUGUGGUACGGCAAAGAAGCCUUUGACGAUCACAAAGGUCAAAAGAUGGAAGAAUUUUUAUCAAGCGUAGAAGGAGGCCAUCGUCCCGACCUAACAGGUAUCACAACUCAGACAUCAGUUAUGUGGAUUGGCCUCAUUUCUGGCUGCUGGGAGAAGACAGCCUCAGAACGAAGUAGCCUCGCAAAUUGUAAGUCAACUAUCGAGGAAAUUUUAGCAAGUCAAAAAUAGAGUCUAUUCUGGAAAAUAGUUACAUGAUACUUCAACUAGGUGUAAAAUGGAAAAACAAACUUAAAGUUCAAGAGGGCAUUGAAAGCAACUUGGAGCACAAAGCUGGAUUAGCCUCAAACUUUGAAGUUAACUACACUUUGAAAGUUUCAGUCAUAUCCUUUGUAUCAAAUCACAGACAUUAUCUUCUAAACUAAAAGAGUCUCUAAAUUUUUGUUUUAAACCAGUUUUAAUUAAUUCUGUGAUGGGGACUUUUUUAACAUCAUGUUGGGCAAGUUUUUUUUUAAAUUUUUUAUUACUAUUCCUUAAAAUCGGAUUUUUUUGUGUGUGUGCUUUAGAUAGCUUUGAUCAGCUAGUCUUUCUUCGGCAAAUACGAAUUUCAAUAAAACUUCAGGAGCUUUCGAUCUUAUACUUUGGAUGCUAAGUAACUGUAUGUUUUAUAACUUUUUCAUAUUGUCACCUUGUGGUGAAAGGGUGGUACAUGCCUUUAUUUUCUUUAUUUCGCUAAAGGGCGAUUUUCUGUUUCAAUGACGCUCGCCAAUAUGCGAAGGAACUUCAUUAGGACAUCAUAUUUCAUUUCAUUUCUCUACGAGGUAGUUUAUCUUUCCCACUACAUUUCGGCGAGGCAUUUUUUCAUCCUUAUUAUCUACUCUCAGUAAUUAGUUUAGUUCAAUAAAAAUUUCCAAUCUGCAAGUUUGAAAAUUUAGUUCGGAAUCUUUUAUAAUGAUCAUGUAGUGAAAAUAAGGGACACCAACUGCAUUUUGUAUCUUUGCUUAUCACACUUUGUAGUUCUCGCUUUGGGAAAAGAUGAUGUAAAAUUCACUCUUGAGCUAUGAUGUGUUGACCACAUAAUAUUUCUUAUGUAGUACGGAACAGUUCUAAGAAAUUCUGAAGGCUUCUGGUGUCCAGAGAAGCUAGGUUAACUUUAUUUAGUAAAAUAGUGGUCGAAAAGAAGCAACGCUGUAGAAAAAAGCAAAAAUUGGGAAGGAGAUGAAAGAAAAAAAUUGACUCACUUGUAAUUGUAAAGAUUCCAGAGGUUGCGGCUUACUCAAAUCCUCAACAACUACAGGGAUAGCGCAGUACGAGGUGAAAAUACUUCAAACUCCACUUGGUAGAUUUAAACUGAUUUAGUGACAGAUCAAAAUUCAAAGGUCUAGAUCACUCGGUAGCGUUUGACAUGAAGGGUCACGAAGAGAGCGAAGAUCGAAGAUCGUUGGGCUUAGUAGCAGUAGCAGUACAAAAAUAGUAGUAGGUUCGAACUGAAAUACGAUAAUUAAAAAUAGAUUCUAACUUAGAUAAGGCUGAAGAGAAAGGAUAGACUAUCAAGAGACAUAGAACAACAAUAAAAUAGCGAGCUCCUCGCGUGAAAUGAGUAGACGUGAUAAUUUUCGUGUCAUAUAAAUUAUUAUCAAACGAAGGUACAAACAACAGUAUCGUACUAAACAAAAAACGUAGCUAAUUGAGCUUAAAAGGAUAACAAUUUGAAAGAAAUAAGGAAAAUUUGUAAAUAAGAUCGUUUCGCUAUAAUAUUGUAAUAAUAACACUUAACUGACUAAACGAGACGUUCUAUGAACGAAAAAAAGGUUGAUGAUUCUGUGACUUAUUUAACAACAGAUUUACGUACUUUGGUUGACGACUCGCACUAAAAAAAAACAAACAAGAUAAUUGAGAUAGGGGUAGCUUGGAUCCUUCUGAUUGUAGCAAAGGUAGCAGUGUGGCUUCACCUAACUUCCUUUUUUUUUACUUACGGUAUGCGUCGCACUUUUAUGGGCUAUGAUAUGUGAAGAAAGCUAAGGCGCUGCUAAAAGUAGCGCCUACAAUAAGAACUAUUUCCUGGGCAGCAAAGAUUCCAAAGUUAUGAUACAAUUCCAGGAUAUCUCGAUUUCUGCUGAAACUUUCAUUUAAGAUCACUUAGUCCACUACAUAAUAACUUAAUAUAAAUCGAACGAAAGUUUGUAAGAAAUUAGUGUCAAGGGUGUUUAAAAACUAUCAUCACUGAAUGGUCCAAACUUUACUUUGUUCACGUUUCUGAGGCUUAACUUUUUCAGCGAUGAACUUUAAAAUGAAACCUAUUUUUGUAGAUUGUCAAAAAGGACACGAGUGGUUUAUUUAUUUAUU